AUGCCGGCGCUUCAUCGUCUCCCAAAGGAGCUUAUCCUUCAGAUUCUUCGAUACCUACCUCUGCGAACACUGGAAGUUGUCGCGCACUCACACAACCAUGCCCUAACGGACAUGUGUCUGGUGCUCCUCCAGCCGGUGUUCAGAUCCCGCCGGGCGUUGAAGCGGCUUAAGAAGCAGUUCGAGCUCGUUGUCCAUGAGGACCUCCCCCAAGCGAUGAUGGAUGGCCUCCUGUCAUCGAGUGGCAGGGAGAUCCUUGCGCUGCCUCCGCAUGCCCAUCUGAAGCAGCCGCCUUAUCCGCGGAACUUGGAUUAUCUAGAUCUAUCUGGUGAUUUGCACUGGCUGCAACCUCCGUGCCCGAGUAUCGCGAAACAUAUGGCGAGGUAUAACCGCGGUUGUGGCGUCCACGAGGCCGCGGUUGCCGAUCUCACCGCCAGUGCUGAACGUGUGUGUGUCCGUCUUCCAGAUCCGUUUCUCAAGUUUAUCGAGGACAUUGACCGUCGAGAUUAUGUCGUCAAGACUGAUGCGUCAAGGCUGGAGAUGACUAGGGGAGGGCUACGCAAGGUUCCUAAAUCUAUGGAUGGCGGUGUGGGAGGAUACAUUAUCGCGUUUCUGGCUGGUAUGCAGUAUCGCAUCCACCUCUACCUAGAGCCGGGCGAGGAUGGCGGAUACGGCUUGCUUGAAGAACGAAGUGGCUUCUGUGAAUUUUGUGACAGCGAUGACGAGCGCAAGGCCGCUGCGUGUCCCAGGAAGAACCGCGGUGUGACACAAGAGGAUAGAGACGAAGCCAAGUCGCUUGGGCUCGAAAUGAUGAAUUUCAAUCCGUGUAUUGAUCUCGCCUUGCUGGGGACAGAUUUUGAAGCAUGGCUGGCUACUCGGUAUUACGAAAAAUGGCUGUGGUUUGUCGGGAUGAAAAAGUCGCUCGCUUCACCAGCUCUGAAGGAGUAUGUUCGACAGAAUAUGGUGGCAUGA